CCCCUCCACUGGCCAGGGGAACCAAUCCUGUGCAAGAGAGGCAGGACGCGCCAAGUCCCGAACGAGGAGUCGGGGGGUGGGGAACGCGGUUGAGUCCAGCAACGUAAGACUCUGCCCAGGGGGGAUUCCGAAGGCGGUGACAGCCUCAGUAACAGCACCGCAGCCCAAGGGGGCGAAGACGACCGGAGGGACACCCUGGAGACUGUUUAUAGCCCUGUCAGGACCGCGCGGGGAGGGGAGACAGAGGCGGAGGCCGGAGGGCUCCUUGGACGAUGGCACACUGAGAAGCAUCCCGAGCCCGGGCCUCCAUGGCAUCCCAAGACAAAGAUGUGGGGCCCUCGCUGCCCUCUCCCUGGGCCUCCCAGAUGGGGCCCUGGGAUGCCAUGCUCGAGGCUGUCAGGGACCAGCUCCCGUCGCUGGACUCGGAUUCCUCCUUGUCGGACUGCGGGGAAGAAGAGCUGUUCAUCUUCCAGCGAAAUCAAACGGCCCUGAUUCCAGACUUCUCAGAGGAGCUGGCAGAAGCCCCUGCCGGGGCCUCGGUCAUAACAGCCGACGGGUCUCCUCCUGAGCCAGUUGCGGUGCCUGUGGGAUUCGCCGUCGAACCCUGGACUGAAUGGGAUGCGAGGACAAAGGAUUCGGCCUCUCUAGGAGGAAGGGACCCUGGCGGGCCUUUGGAGAGCCAUGGCCAGAGCAGCUCUCUCCUUAGGAUGUCCCAGGAGACCCCCAAGUGGCAGGAAGGCGAACCUGGGCGCAUGUCCUUCAACACCAAAGGGUCCCAGAGUCCUCACUGGGGGCCGCAGGGAGAAGCCACCUUCUCCCCACGGGAAGGAGACCUGAAGACAGAGCCCCCAGGCACUGCCUCCCGAGCCCUCAAGGGCUCAGACCCCGCAGACCACAGAGCCCUCCGAAGGGAGAGAAGGAAGAUGAUCGAGAGAGACAUUCUCCACAAAGUCACCUGGGAUGCCCAGAGCCCAGCCUGCAGUGACCAAGGUCAAGUGAAGGAGACGCCCUGUGGAGCUGCAGCAUCAGGUCCAAGACCAGAGGUGCCACCAGAGCGGCCCCGGGAAGGACCGUCACUGCUCUCCCUCCAGCAAUUUGAAGAGUGGGACUUGGAUCAUAUCCUUCAGAGUCUGGCAGGACGAGAAGACGACCGGGGAGACGGCGCCCCUGGAGCCGCCUGGUGGGCAGCUGACCGCCUCCAGGGCCGAGACCAUGCUGUGCCGAGCGCCCAGGAGAGGCUCAUGGAACAGCUUGCCCUGCUGUGCACCACGCAGUCCAGAGCCUCUUCCUCUGCCAGGAAGGUGCCCGCUGACACACCCCAGGACACCGGGCAGCAGGAGGCUGGAAGCAGAUGUGCUUCCACGGAGCUGGGCUCCCAGGCUGAGGUGGGCCCGACACUGGCAGCAGGCACGCGGCUAAGGAGCACAGCGGAGCCUCCCACCAUCUUCAUGGAUCUUCGGCCCAAGGAGCCAUCAGACCAGGGGUCAUCGGAAAGCCCAUUUCCUGCCCCCAGCUCCAGCUCCAGCUCCUCUGACAGCGAGGAGGAGGGGGAAGAGGAGACAGCAGUUCGGAGAGAGCAGCAGGGCCCCUCGGGGCUGAGGGACUGUACCGGGAAAAGUCAGCUUCUCCAGCAGCUCAGGGCAUUUCGGAAGGGGACUGCUCAGCCCGAGUUGCCUGCCAGCAAGGGUCCCUGCAGCCAGAAGGCCCAGGCCCCUGAAGACUCGGCUGGAUCCAGAACUGGGAGGAAGCAACACGGAACACUCCAGGCUGAGAGGCAGAGGGCCCAGGCCAGACCCCCUGGAAGAAGUCCCAGGGCCCUGGGGGACCCUCUUGGGCCAGGGACAGCCCGAGAGACCCUGGUGCCUCCUCUGGGCCAAGUGUAGAUGCCUCUGGUAACAGAUCGGAGGAGGUCAGCAGGAUGAUUUGACAUUCCCUCAACAGACCUGGGCCCCCAGGGCUCCCUUCGCCCCGCCACCCCCGUUUCUAUUAGCAUGUGCUUUUGUAGCACAGGGACCCUGACUGGGGAUCCAGCCCCCUGUUAGAAUUCCAUCAGAACACGUUCAUGCAUUCAGAACAAAGAUACCAGUACAAACUUGUACACACAGCAUGAGACAACUUGCGGGACCCGAUCCUCUGAAAGGGCCUGGAAGGAAACACCAUGAGACAACGGUUUGUCCCCAUAGUCGGACUAUGAGGCUUCUUCACCCUUUUCCAUUUCUGCAUAUUUUUCCUCUUUAACGUGCGUCUAUUAUUUCCAUAAUACAAGGUCUUUUUUUAAAGCUAUAAAACUUAAGUAAAACAUAUUUAGAGAAUUUCAGGGUUAAAAGGGUGUCGAAAGAGAAUUUAGCCUGAUUUUCAGGGUCCCUGGAUGCUUGCUACUUUGUAUUCCUAAAUUAACACCGCCUCCCUCCC